GUUCGGUCUCUCCUGGUUCAUGACACUCUGCCAUCUCAGAGCUGCAGCGACACGUAGAGCUUCGGGUUCACUCAGGACAUUCUUUCCUACACCACAGCUUAUAUCCUUCAAACUCAGCGCACUCAUUCAACUCCACUCCAAGAUGUCUACCCAGGCGGCUUCUACCCAGGAUGACCGAUACAUGAUCUGGCUGGACAUAGACAACACACUGUACUCCGCAAGCACACGGAUUUCUCAGGCAAUGGGCGAGCGUAUCCAUGCAUACUUCCUCUCAUUGGGCUUCCCCGAAGAGGAAGCAACGGAUCUGCAUCACAAGUAUUACACGCAAUACGGCCUGGCGCUCCGUGGACUUGUACGGCACCACCAAAUCGAUGCACUGGACUUUGAUCGCAAAUGCGACGGGUCGUUGCCUUUGGAAGAUAUCCUCGAGCCGGACCAUAAAUUGCGAAAGCUGCUCGAAGACAUGGAUCGCAGCAAAGCUCGCGUAUGGGCUUUGACGAAUGCGUACAAGACACAUGCGAAGCGUGUCCUAGGCAUUCUCGGCGUGGAGGACCAAGUGGAAGGUGUGGUCUUCUGCGACUACUCCAAUCCUCAGUUCGCGUGCAAACCAGAGCCCGAGUACUUCCACAAUGCCAUGCAGAAAGCGAACUUGCAGGAUCUAUCCAAGUGCUGCUUUGUGGAUGACAGUAGGGCCAACGUGCGUGCCGCGAAGCGACUAGGAUGGGGCAGAUGCGUGCACUUCUGCGAACGCGGUCUGGUAACCGUCGAGGGUGGCAAGGCUAAGGAGAUUGGAAGGGACGGGGCGCUUGAUCCCGAGGACGAAGGCAUCACGGUCAUCACUGACCUUGAAGAACUGAGAACCGUUUGGUCUGAUCUCUUCAAAGCAAGCUAAUGUAAUGUAGAUGUGUACAAACAUGCGAUUGCAAUGGACUGUUCGUGGACGAUCGCAGUCCCCUUGGGUUUAU